UUCAAACCUCAUCUUCUUCCUCAUCACAGCAACAAUGGCGUCUUCCUUCUCGCUCACAAGCCUCAUCUCCUCCAUCUCUCCCUUCAAACCACAAACCAAACCCACCCCUCCUCCUCCCAGCCUCACUCUCCCUACUCCAACACUCUCCAACAGACAAAAAAACAAUCUCUCCAUCCAAGAACUCCCCCCUCCUUCUUCCACCGCUUCUCUCUCUUCUGAGCUAGCUUCCGUGAUAUGUCCUUCCCUCGCGUACUCGAACACGCUCUUCUUCAGCAGCUCGGGGUACAACGUGCAGGUGUUUGUGGAAGAUAACGAGUCUGAGGAGAGGCUGGUGAAUCGUUUCAGAAGGGAGGUGAUGAGAACUGGAGUUAUACAGGAGUGUAAAAGGAGGAGAUACUUCGAGAACAAGCAAGAUGAGAAGAAGCGUAGGACUCGUGAUGCUGCUAAGCGUAAUAAGAAAAGGCGUCCUUUUCAAGCAAGGUUUACUCAAGAGGGUAGAGAAGAAGCAGCAGCAGCAACCAAGAGUAAGAAGAAGGAUGAAGAAGAAGAUAACUGGGAGAUGCCUGAUGGUGAUGUACCUUCUUGAACACAGUUUCAGUAUAUUGAUCUUUAUCCUUUUUUUCGGUUAUAAGUUUGGUACAUUGUAACUUCUAAUGAGCAUAUAAGUUACCCUUUGGUGAUGAGUUCUUGUCAAUGUUAAGACAUCUAUAUUUGUCUUCUAAUGUUUUUAGAAUGACUAAAAUUCCAUUCUAUAUGUUCAUCAAUGGAGAUGAUACAUGAAUGCAAAUUGCUUAUCUUAGCAGGUAUAGGUUACUUGCAUUUUC